GCUUCCCCUUGGCCGGCUAUAAAUCGAUAACCUCACCGAUAAAUCCUCUAUUCAUCAUCCACAACAAACCUCUUCUUCAGUCUGAUAGAGAUCUCACGUUUCAAACAACAAGAAUGGCGUUCCCUAAGGUAUACUUCGACAUGACCAUCGACGGCCAGCCCGCGGGAAGGAUCGUGAUGGAGCUGUACACCGAUAAGACUCCCAGGACUGCCGAGAAUUUCAGAGCUCUCUGCACCGGAGAGAAAGGUGUUGGCGGUACCGGAAAACCCCUUCACUUCAAGGGAUCUAAGUUUCACCGUGUGAUCCCUAACUUCAUGUGCCAGGGAGGAGAUUUCACCGCCGGGAACGGAACAGGCGGUGAGUCGAUCUACGGGAGCAAGUUCGAGGACGAGAAUUUCGAGAGGAAGCACACCGGACCGGGGAUCCUGUCGAUGGCGAACGCCGGUGCAAACACGAACGGAUCUCAGUUCUUCAUCUGCACCGUGAAGACCGAUUGGCUUGAUGGGAAGCACGUGGUGUUUGGGCAGGUCGUGGAAGGCUUAGACGUGGUAAAGGCCAUCGAGAAGGUUGGAUCAUCAUCUGGAAAGCCGACGAAGCCUGUGGUUGUUGCCGAUUGUGGUCAGCUCUCUUAGGAUCUUCCUAUCAUCAUCCUUAAUUUAGCAUCAUCGUCGUCAUUGUGGUGUCUCUUUAUGCUUUUGCUUUUGUUAUGGAGUCUUUUUAAAAUUUGUAGUCAUAAGUUUGGUGUGUGUUCUCAUGGGAACAUAUAUAAACUUGCCCCUUUAAUAUUAACUACCAGAAAUAAGGAAUGAGCACUCUUUUAUCAUAUCUAAUUUACGUUACCAAAUUUCAUCUUUGUU